AACCUCUGGAUUAUCCUAACCUUAAUAUUUCUCGAGGUUGGAGAAACAGAUCAAGAAUCCUGGUUGGAGAAACAGUUUCUCUAAACAGAAGAAUAAAAUAUUUUUUGAUGGAAUAUUUUAAUUGUGGGUAAGAAUGAGAUUUUUUGAUUUACAGUUUUUAUAAAAUUAGGUAGAAUUGAGAGGAAACAUGAGCGGUCAUAUUGCACCAAGCAAAUCCACUGUUUACGUUUCGAAUUUACCAUUCUCUUUAACCAACAAUGACAUUCAUCAACUGUUGGAUAGUUAUGGAAAAAUUGUCAAAGUAACAAUAUUGAAGGACAAGGUAACCAGACGUAGCCGUGGAGUCGCCUUUGUGUUGUUCCUUAAAGCAGAGGAUGCUGUAUCUUGUGCGAAAGCUCUCAAUAACACAGAAAUACUUGGUCGCACUGUGAAAAGUUCCAUAGCAGUCGACAAUGGUCGCAGUACUGAAUUCAUACGUCGCAGGGAUUAUCCGGAUAAAUCCCAGUGCUACGAAUGUGGACAAGAAGGACAUUUAUCCUAUGGAUGUAGCAGCAAUAUGUUAGGUCCCCGAAAACCGCCACCGAAGAGAGUCAGGAUACGAAAGAAGAACGUGAAGCAAGAAAAAUAUGAUGCAAGUUACCUCGACAGUGAUAGUGAUGAAACGACGAGAAAGCCAAGGCGUAGCACUAAUGAUGUCGACGAGGUCGAAGAUGAUACGGAGGAGGAGCCUGAAACACUAAGUGCUGUCAUUGCAUUCGAGCAAAGGCGAACUGAAAUAGAACGUAGACAAACGAUGGAUGAAUGUAAUAGAAAAGACAGCUCGACUAUACCAAAAAAACGUUAUAAAAAGAAUGAUUAUUUUAGUGAUGAAGAAGAUUUCAGUGAAUAAUAUAUAUAUAUAUAUAUAUGGUAUAUAAUAGCAAUAAUAUGUAUAAUUGAAUAAAAAUAUCAAUAAUGCUUAAAAGUGAUUACCCUUUAAA